AGAUAAAACUCUAACCUAAUUCAGUAGUUGGUGCCGUUGUUGAAAAAACCCUAAUAAGUUCUCCCACUUUCAUUUUCUCCUUCGAGAGGCUUUUCUAUUCGCUGAAGCAGCAGCCGCUCAAACCUCCCUCGUCGCUCUCUACCUUCUCCUUCUUCAGGUAAGUUGUUUUUAAGCUUCUCAAAAUGGGUCGUGUCCGAACAAAGACCGUUAAGAAGUCUUCUCGUCAAGUCAUUGAGAGGUAUUACUCUCGAAUGACGUUGGAUUUCCACACCAACAAGAAGGUAUUGGAGGAAGUUGCCAUCAUUCCCUCAAAGCGUUUGCGCAACAAGAUUGCUGGGUUUUCCACUCAUCUGAUGAAGAGAAUUCAAAAGGGUCCUGUCCGUGGAAUUUCUCUGAAAUUGCAAGAGGAAGAGCGUGAGAGGCGUAUGGACUUUGUGCCUGCUGAGUCUGCUAUCAAGGUUGACUCAAUCCCCGUUGACCCAGAGACCAUUGACAUGCUUGCUGCUCUUGGGAUGUCUGAACUUCCUGGAAUUGUCAAAGCUGAACCAGAGGUUAUGGCACCUGCCCCAGCUUUCGGCCGUGGAGCUGGUGGGCUUGGGAGGAGGUACUAGGUUUACUAUUGAAUUUUUCUGUGCUGUGCAAGAACUAGUAGAUCGAAAGCUGCCCUUUACCGGGCUCAUUUCUCUGUUUCCUAGAUGGUCCCUGUGGAUCUUUUGAUUUUGUUCUGUAGAAUAGAGUGCUGAUGUUAGUAAGACUUGCAUCAAUAUUGCCAUACAGUUUUUUUUGGUGGAUUCUCACGGUUGUGUAACUUGAGUUAAUUUUAUAUUGUCAAGUCGCUCUAUGCUCUUGUGUUUGGGA